UGACAAGUAAGUUCUGACGUGCCGAACCCAACUUUCCGAGUUGAAUCGCGACAGUGAAAUUAGAGAAUUUCUUUUUGUUGCCUGUGGUUUAGUGUAUUAAUUUUAGAAAUGCAAAUUCCCAAUGAAUAUGUUUCUACGGCGGAGGAUUUUGCGGACCAGGUGAUACGUAAAGGCAAACAUGUGCUGCCGACAGUGGCGCGGCUCUGCCUCAUAUCCACAUUCCUGGAGGAUGGUCUGCGGAUGUGGUUCCAGUGGUCUGAACAGAGGGAUUACAUGAACAUGUCAUGGUCUUGCGGUACCUUCCUCGCUACUAUGUUUGUUAUAAUAAACUUAGUGGGCCAGUUGGGCGGGUGUGUCAUGGUGCUGGGCAGGCUGAAGGUGGACAUAGCCUGCGGAGUCCUGUUCUUUAUCGUAGUUUUACAAACAUUCGCAUACAGCAUACUCUGGGACAUCCAAUUCCUGUUGCGCAAUCUAGCGCUCAUCGGAGCCCUACUGCUGGUCCUGGCCGAAGCCCGGGGCGAGCAGGGGCGGAGUCUCUUCGCGGGUGUGCCCAGUUUGGGCGAGAACAAACCCAAGACGUACCUACAGCUGGCCGGCAGGAUACUGUUGGCGUUCAUGUUUAUAACACUGUUGAGAUUCGAAAUGUCAUUCUUACAGAUCGUGCAAGACCUGCUGGGCAGCAUUUUGAUGGUGCUGGUGACGGUGGGGUACCGCACGAAGCUGUCGGCGCUGAUGCUGGUGCUGGUGCUGUCGGUGCUCAACCUCUACCACAACGCGUGGUGGGCCGUGCCCUCCUACAAGCCGCUGAGGGACUUCCUCAAGUACGACUUCUUCCAGACAUUAUCAGUGAUCGGUGGCCUGCUAAUGAUAGUGUCGCUGGGCCCGGGCGGCGUCAGCAUGGACGAGCAGAAGAAGAAGUGGUAACGUGACGGACACUGACAGUGUGUGACGUGUGUGACAGUGCGGGACGGACAGAAUUGCAAUCACCGGUGUUGUGCAGUGCGAGUGUUUCCAUAUUGCACGGAUGUACUGAUUGGUGAAAACUGUUGAGAAAAGUGGAAUAAAAUUGGGUGAAAUAGUGCAAAAUUACAACCGUAACAACAUGCACAUGAAAUACUGCCAGAUUUUUUCAGUAUGCUCAAUUUUUUAAACUUUUAAUAACAUAUCCCUUUCUAAUACUUUCGCCAUUAAAGUAAGGGACCGCGCUACGAAAGUCCCUCAGCGCGCUAUAGUCGCUGACAACAACAACGUGGCCAAUCUGUUAUUGAUUGUUUCACGGAAAUUUUUCGUAGCGCGGACUCUAGCUAAGGUCUGGCUGUAUUGUCUUUUUUUCACAAAUUUAUCUAAAAUUGUAGCAAAAUCAAUAUGUAAGCGCAGUUUUGGUCAAUUUUAUCAUAACAUGGGAAGUGCUUUGAGAAGGCUAGUCGGACAAAAAUGGGAUAUUACGAAGUACUUCCCGACUCCACUCUCUAUCAAACUUUACUCCUGUAUAUUAUACAGCUGAUGUAACUGUUAAUAGCGACUGUUGUGUAGGCAUAGAUUAUAUUUUGUUAAUAUAGAUUAUAUGGUUGGGUUAUGAUAUUAAUUAAAUCAACUCACACUGUGGUCGCUUUUAGCAAUAUCAACAAUAUUUGUACACUAUUUUUUGUAUAAUAUAUUCUAAAAUCUUUACUGAUC